CAGGACGGAGGGUGAAAUCAAAUCAAAUUUUAAAUUGUCUUGAUUUGACCGUUUCUGGAAAAAUUUACAAAUUGUUGGGUUGGCGCGCCAAUCGUUUUAAGACAGUUUGACCUUAAAGUGCUCAGCAAUCUCCACCAAUGAAUGAUUCGUUGCCUAGUUUUCUUGAUCAGUUGACCAUCUGAUCCUAGUCUUGAACUCAAGAUUCCAUAAAUCUGACGCUUGUGUUAUUACUGAUUAUUUUAUGUUGAUUUGCUUAAUAAAUACUCACCUUAUGUUCUCUGUUUCAGCCCUCCCCAUUUACUCUUCAUGCUACCCUAGUACAUGAAGUACCUUCUGGCUAGACGACAACCGCUACAAUCUUAACCUUAUGGCUUUAUCGUUUGACGACAAACUUCUUGGAGAAAAGGUCCAUAAUUACUGUAGCAGCAGUGAAGGCGAAGAGGACAGUGGCGAGAGUGGGAAGGAAAGUAACCCUUCUACUGUUGUUCCGAAAAGUUUAAACCCCCAAAAUAUAUCCUAUCUUGGCUCUCCACAGACUGGACCAAAGGGUGUAGUUGCUGAUUAUAAACGUUUUAAAAGACUGGAAAGUGAACGGAACGCUGAGAAAGAACGAAAACUUGUCGAAUAUACCAAACAGCAUUCCUUUAGUUGCAGACCUUAUAGUAAAGAUGAAAAGGAAGAUGAACAUACCCAUUCGACCUUAAACGCUUCAGAUGAUAGCGACGAUAACUUUUUGACUCAAUAUCGACAGAACAGAAUAAAUGAACUAAGAAAAGCCAACGAAAGUUUACCCACUUUCAACAAGAUCUACGAUCUGGUAGCGGAUACAUUUAUUGAGGAGAUAGAUAACACAAACAAGAACACGACUGUUAUUGUUUUUAUAUAUGAAAAUGGCAAUAAAUCAUGUGCAAAAGUCAACACUUGUCUCGAAAAAAUAUAUCACGGUUAUCCUCAUGUGAAGUUUUGUAGAAUCCGAGCUUCUGAGGCUCAUCUCAGUUACCGAUUCUCUCACCGUGGUGUUCCUGCUAUUGUGGUCUACAAAAAUGGAGAGCUGAUAGGGAAUCUACUUUCCAUUACUAAGGAUCUUGAUCUGGAGUUCUAUCCAAACGAUCUGGAGAAUUACUUAGUUGAGUAUGGAUUUCUGCCUGAUAAAACAGUUGUUCAGUCUACUUCAGUGAUAAAUUCGUGUUCUCAUCUUUGUAAAAAAAAUUAAAUCCUUUAUUUUGUGUGCAUUGAAUAUAAAUUCAAAAGUAUUUUGACUCAAUUAUAUACAUCUUCCCUUCUAAGUACAUAAUUGUUCCUUUUAUGUGACCCUACGCAAUUAAUGUUUUUAUGUUACUUAAAAAUAUUAAACCUUGUAAUGAUUGUUAUAUCUUAAAAUCGGUAGUUUUCUUAAGAACUGUUUCUUUUUAACGUAUUAGAAUAUGUUGCUUAUGAGAGUAGAAAUAUUAAGAUGUGAGAGUUUUCAUUUUAUCUUUGAUUAAUUUCACUGAAUUAACGCUAUUAAGUUCACUUCUGUUUCACUAGUAUUGAUCAUCUUGAAUUUGGAGUUGGAUUCAUAUAUAUGACGCAUAAAAAGGAUAAUGAAACUCCAUUUAUGUAUAAAAACAACGAUAUUGUACCAGAUGCAUAAAGAUCCACGGGGAUCAAUCUUGAUAUAUCAAAAUAAUGUCAUGGCAUUAGUUUUUACAUCAUAUUGCAUUUUCAUUACAUUAAUCGUAUAUACUUAUUUCAUGUCAGCCACCUAAAAUGUUGAUUAGACCACUUACCAAUAAUAACCGACUGGUCUGAAUACGUCUACCAAAUAAGCAACAGCUCUAAUUUAUCGCAUAGAAAUUUAUUUGUGCAACUCAGUGUGCACGGAUUUAUACAAGGGGUUUGUAACCAAAUUAAGAAUGAUGGCUAGUGAUGCAACCUGGUUCCCUAGACAGAAGUGAAGCAAUGUUUGAACUCAUGGUUCAGUGGUUAAAAACCAGUUACUGUAAUCACUAAGCCAUUACUACUUAAGUUUUAAGAUGGUCAGAAGUUGUAUACUACACUAGCCAGUUAUCAAACUAUUUAAACGGAGUCAACAUUGACAAUCCCGUACUACAGGAAUCCUUGUUUUACAGAAACAUACACAAAAACCAACAUGCUGAUUGGCACUUGGAUAAUUAUUUUGUAUGUCCCAAUGACUAGAAUUAUUGGGAAAUGGUGUUCCUGAGAGAUACAGUAUAAUGUCAUAAUAGAUUUUAGAAGUUACGCAAUUAAUAGCUCUUCGAUCUGAAGACUUGUUUGUUAUUAGAGUGCCGUGUAAAAAUGAUUCGGCUGUCGUGAUAUGCGAAAAUCUAGACAUCUAGUUAUUGAUAUAAACUAGUCUGUACAGGUUGAGCUAAAUAACCAAGAGGGGGAGGUACUAGUUAUUAUUAUUGGUAGCUUUAUUCAAUAUUAUAUUUUUGGUGCAAUCAGGAAUUCUCAGCACAAAGCAUUCCAACAAGAUCCUUUUACAAAACAAAACAAAAACCAAUGACUGAAUACAUAGAUAAAGUAAAUAAGCUAAUUCAAAUUACUGAUGACUUACAACAACGUAUCACUUGAACGCGUAAACAUAUUUUUGAUUAUCUAACAGACUCAAUCAAAUUUUGAACGUUAUAGUAGCUAUGCGUAAACUUUGUGAUGCAAUAUUAGCAUGUGUUCGUACAAUAUAGUACCAUGAAGAAAAAACAAGUUCUAUAAAUAAUCACGGUUGAACUGCUAUUUAUAGACUAACAGAAAAUUUCCUACUUUUUAGUUCUUAGUACUGGUGUCUCUGACUACAAUACAUGGGAAGUAUCAGUUCCUUCAAAAUUCUGAGUAAGUAUUCUUGAUGAUUGUCAACAAGCACAGGGCUUCGUAACUCCAAUCACCUAACAUUAAAGUGCAACCACUUUAACUGAUUUGACACGGAAACACAUUUGUUUUACGAGUUAAUGUUCCCCAAAGGUAGGGUUUUUAUCAAGGGGAUCUCAAUAUUAAUCUGAGUGGUAUCUUGAGUGAAGCUUCAAAUAAAAAGUAUACUGUAGUGUCAACAAAAUGAACUCGUUGUAUACCCGUGGUGUAUUCUUAACUAGCCCAGUUGGAUAAAUUGAUAGCAUUUCAUUAACCAGAUGACUAGAGCAUUAAAGUAUGUGUGCUAUCAGGUCACGACACACUCCAAGCAGGAAAUCCUAGUCCACAUACAAUCAAGCCAUAAAUAGCUGGAGACGGAACACAAGGUGAAUUAGCAAUAAUCAAGGGAUAGUAAGACGUCAAACAGUAAUUAUUAAGUUCAACUGAAGCUUACAACGAGAAAUGUAGGAAGACAAUAAUCCGGAUGCUUAGUAAUUAGGCAAUAGGUGAAGUGAUAAUACAUAAAAUAUUUCGUAGUUACAACUUCCCUAGUAUUCUCUCCGUUAUGUUAGUAUACAUUCUAAGGUUUAUGAUAAUGCUCUAUAAAUUAAUCACAUUAAAUAUAGUAACUUAAAAGUCAGGUCAUGCAUAUAUAAGCUUAUAAUCUUGUCUAUAAGUUGGGGAAACAAGUAGUACAGUGGGCUAUUAUGAGGGUGCUGCAUAUUUUUAUUUAUAAAGGCUUCAAAUUUAGCAAUUCACCCCCGUUUUGAUCUAACUUGAAUAUUAUUCUUGAAGUAGUGAUAGGAAGUACUGUAGUUUAUACACAAUAAUCAGUAAUCAAGUAGUAUUUUGUCGAUAUCUCCCGUAACUGUGAAAAAGCCUUAAAUACAAUCAAUGAUAGAGCCUAAACUCAUUUGCGGCUACAUUUGAUACUUUUCUACACCAAGUAAAAAAACUUAGAAUCAUAUAGAAGCCCUUUACUAUGUCCAGAGUAGGAAAAUUAUCACCCAUGGGACUGAAAUCUCAAAUAUAAACCAUCUUAUCACGACCAAAAGUCAAAAACCAUGGUACUCGACACAAGACAUGGAGGUUUUAGGUGCAAUUCUUCUGAAGAGUCUCAUACUAGGACGAAACAGCUCCCUAGGGAACUCGUAGCUGUUAGUGGUCUUCCGGAUGAUAUUAAUCGAUGACGAAGACCGUCUCCAAAUUCAUCAAGAAAAAUAUGUGGCGCUUCUCACUAAUGAGGUUUGGCCAUCGCAUUAUGUGUGCGGAUGGACGAGAAAAACAGGAUCGAAGAUCAUUCCAAUAGAAUAAAAUCUUUUAUUGUUAUAUGUGUUUUUGUAUACCUUGUUUCCCUCUUCAUCCAGUGGAUAAGAAAAAACACAGAGUAAUUAGAGAAUGCUCAUUACAAAAAAGCAGUCAAUAUGUUUGGAAUUCGAUAAAUCAAUAAAUGGUAAGACAAAGAAAGUGACCCGAGAAAAAAAGUACAAGAUAAGUCCAUGGACAAAGAAAUUACUAAAUAAAUCGAUAAGUGAAAACCAAAACAAACUGUAAACAAAUAGUCUAAUUUAUGGUGAUUGAGAAAUAACUAUGUACAUCUAAAAAAGAAUUUCCUAUCAGGGAUCUGUCCACGAGUGAUGAACAGACAAGUGCACUGACAUGUACAUUGUUAUGAGUUAAUGAUCGGAAGAAAAAAGAACAGGAAUACUUUGAUUUCUGAUUAAAAUUAUGAACACAAUUAGUUUUUCUGUACUAAAGAUUUAGCGAUAUUCACUCUCACAUGGAAAACCAAUUUUUCGAUAGAAAGAAUUCAGUCAUUAAAAUGGUUAAUUGUCAAAAGGAGAAAUGCCUGUAUAAUUUGCAGUAUUCCAUAAAUAUAUGGUAAAUCAUAUUUUCGGAAUCGUUGAUGAGUAUUAAGCAUUAUGCAUUGAUCUUAGUUUCAUUAACUCAUUUGUCAAGGCCUCAAUCUACAAUAAUAAUCAUUAUAAAAUCCAUUAAGAUAUGUAAUUUAUGAAGAUGUGUUUGUUAGUUGGGUUUUAUCACGAAUUGGCAUCAAUUAGAUAAACAAUGAAAGCGAGGGUUGACUACAUAACUGCUUCCUCCAAGUAGUACGAACUCACACCCUAAAUCAACAUCCAGUAUUAUACAUUCUGAAUAUUUGUUAAUUUUCUAUACAGCGAGACAAUCACUCAAAGCCGCUCGUUCAUGGAGGUUGUUAGAUUUCAAGGAAGUUCAUAUCAUCGACUGACUUCAACUAGAGAUAUAUACACAAGCUUUUUAGCACAUAUACGUUAUUAGUUUGAGCAUUUUAUUAACAUCCUUACUGGGUGGGUACAGAAUAUAUGUGUGUCCAAUUAAAUGGUAUAUAAAAAUGUCAAAUGCACUGAUAAGAACAAUCAAAUUUCAACUAUUGGGUUAGAAGUUCGUAACUUGACUUUGCUUAAUUCAGCUUGGAUCGAAAAUUUAUGGUUUGAAGCCAAAUUGGUCAAUACUUGGUUACUAACAAAUGGUUAACUUUUGCAUUUUCAUGAGUAGUCUCAUAGGGCAGGGGUUACGAAAUUACAACAGAAUUAGGUUACAGGUUAAAAUGGAUUUCGAUUUAACCAUCUGAAUGAUAAUUGUGACCCCUGUGGCGGCGUAUAGUUUCAUAAAUUGCUCAGUGAUCAAAUAUUAAUUCAUAAGCUACUCUAAAAUUUAGUUCUGCUUUCGAACUACCAUAAUAUAUUUGGGGGCUGGCAGCAACACUCAUAAGAUCAGGACCGUUGUGCAAUGCCAUUACUGAUUGAAAUAAUUGGCAUAAAUGUCUUUUGAUGCUUGGUAUACUGGAAAAAAAAUGAUAGAAAACCCAUGUACAACGAAUAACUAAUAUAUUUUCCAAGUGGCGAAGCAAAUUCAACCAACACAUAUCUGUGCCGGAUUCUAUAUGGCUUAUAAGUGACUGAUCUUUUGAAAGUUGGGUUUUAAUAGAGGAAAAGGUGUCUAAUCCCUUCAAUGUACUAAUGAUAUCGUCAAAUUUGUCCGUCAGACUGCUUUAGAAACGAACUGUUUAUUCUGACAUCAACCUUUCUUAAAAAUGGAUAUGUUUAAUUUAAAAAAUUAUGCGAGUUAGUUUACAAAACCCCAUAGUUUUUAAGAAAAUAUCAUUCAUAAACCUUCAAAUUUGGUAUAGCUCUGAAGAAGCCAAUCCGGUAAAACUCCAUGCACCUAGUCUUUGCAUAACAUACUUUAGCCAUCAGCUUAAAUGGGCCCCAAAUGAAGUGUAAGUUGUUCUGAAUAAAUAAUUCGAUGUGCGUAUGUUAGUUCACUUGUAUUUACGGUCUGUUACUCAUUGCGUCCUUUCCUUUACGACAUUCGAGGGUAACCGUCAUCAUGGUUUAUCAAAGGACAAAAAAGGUGAGUUUCGACUAUUUUAUACUUUUUUCAUUUCAAUGACUUUCCCACAUCUAUUAUUCAACGUAAGAAUUUAAGUCGUCUUAUCGACGUUGCUAUUGUUACUAUCGUAUUCGUCGAUCAAACUUUCUUUUCAGUCAAUAACUCCAGCUCCAUAACGAACACUCCCACCAAAGUAUCUACUUAAUUUAGUUUUCCUUUUUACAAAAUACAAGUUUCAGUCAAGUAAGU